AUGAAGAAACUUAAUGAAAUUAGCACCCUCUUUGGGAUAGAUGCAUGUACAAUAAUCUAUGAUCAAAACAAUCCUCAAGCAGAGGUUUGGCCAUCAGAUUCCGGAGUCAAAAGUGUGUUAUUUAGGUUUGGAAGUUUGCCUGAAUUUGCACGAAGCAAAAAGAUGGUGGAUCAAGAGGCCUUCUUAAGGGAAAGUAUAGAGAAAGCCUGUGAUCAGUGGAAGAAACAAAGGGAGGUAACUAGAAAGAAGGAAAUGGUCAAUAUAGUUGAUCAUUACAUUCGUAGUGGAGAAUUUAAUAGCAAUUUAAUGAGCAAUGAUGAUCUCAAUGACUUCUCAUCUUUUAUUCAUGAUAAUUAUCUGAAAGAAAUCGAUCGAAAAAUGAAAGGAAUGCAAAUUGAAACCCAAGAGCCGGUGAGAAAUGGAGGUGAUGUUAUGAAUGGAACAGAGGAACGUGAAAUUAUCGGUCAUGCCCAAGGUUUGGUGAGCGCAGGUGAAGAUCAUAUAGGAAAUAUGGGUCAAAGAGAACCUAGACAGUGA